AUGUUCGCGAUUCUCCGAGGCAGACGACUCAGUCUCCCACCGGAGCUGUCUAUUUUGGCCGGCCGUCAAUUUAGGGCUUCUGAAAAUGCGGUCUUCUCCAGGCCGUUCACUACCGGUAAACAACCGCCAGGUGUUUGCGAAAAUGACCCUGAGAAAUCCUUCACUUUCUCCUACCUCGUCAGCUCAUGCGGGUUGGCUCCAGACGUCGCCGUCCGCGCCUCCAGUAAAAUCCAGCUGAAAUCGCCGGAAAAACCAGACGCGGUCUUGAAUCUUCUCAGAGAGUACGGAUUCACGGCCACCGACAUCUCUGUAAUGGUCACCCGGUGGCCGAACGUGCUCUGUGCCUGCCCAGACAAAACCCUUUUGCCCAAGCUCGAAUUUUUCGCCUCCAUUGGUGUCCCCCUCCCCCUCCUGGCCAGCAGUCUGUCCCGAACCCCUUAUGUCUUAUGGCACAACCUGAAGAAUUCAAUCAUCCCCUCAUACGAUUUCCUGAGAAACCUGCUCGGGUCGGAUAAGCUGGUAGUGCAAGUCUUUAAACGGACUCCAAUGAUCUUCGACUUGUACCUGGUCGACAACCUCAAAUCCAACCUCUCGUUUCUAGCAUCCCGCGGGUUUCCCUGGCCAUCUCUUGUAUCACUGGUCACAUUCGAACCAACAAUGUUCUUGGCUCCUCAGGAGAAGUUAUCCUCGUGCAUGGAUCGUGCAAUAGAAAUGGGGUUUGACGUGUCCAAUAAUGCAUUUUCGAAGGCCAUUCGGGUUUUGGUGGGUUAUGAUGAGUCGACCCUUAAGCGCAAGAUGGAGGUUUAUAGAAAGUGUGGCUGGUCGGAAUAUGACAUCAAGACGGCCUUUCUGAGUCAGCCGCUCUGCAUGGCCUUAUCCGAGAAGAAGAUUUUGGCGAAUAUGGGUUUUCUGGUUGAUAAAUUAGGGUGGGCACCAGGUGAUGUGGCCCGGUGCUCUUGGAUUCUUGGGUACAGCCUCGAAAGGAGAAUGAAGCCGAGGUGGGCAGUUGCUGAGGUUUUGUAUGAAAAGGGGCUGAAGAAUGUAGCUAUCACGUCCCUGCUGACAAUGUCCGAGAAGAUUUUCUUGAAGACCUAUAUUGAGAAAUACGAGAAGGAUGUUCCUGAACUUUUGGACAUUUAUCGAGGUAAUAAAAUCCUGGCGUGCACAUCUUGA